CCAUUGGUGUGCGCUCAGGAUUCAGCAUUUGGUCCUGGAAAUUCACACAGUCAUUUAACAAGAGCUCCUGUUUUCGGCUCUGCUGUUUUGUGCAUUUGUUUUUCUAACAGAUGUGCCCGCCACAAAGCUGUCACAUUUGAAAAAAGGAUGAAGUGACGGAGUCAGGAUUCAUCACAACCUGAUUCAUUCUAUAGUCUGAUGAAAUAAUUAUGGAACAAUAAGAACAUGUCUUUUGAUUGAUUGCAACCGCCUCCACUCACCCUCGUGUUCCAAGUGUGAAGGAGAAACUAUGGUGGUUGUGCAAAGCAUGGAAAAUGUGAAAUGCCCUCUCUUGAGCAGUCCUGUUUCUACAGUUGCCCAGAAAAAGACAAGCUAAACACUGGCUUGUGUCCACUGUGUUUUUUUCCUUCACACUAGAAAAGACAGAACACAAUAUUUUAGGUCUCAACAAUACACACAUUAUAUUUAGUGAGAAAGACUUGCAUGUAAUACUACACUGUUUCUCCUCCGCAGGAUGCCUCAAAGUUUUACAGCACCUAUGAUUAAAAAUAUUCUAAGAGUAACUGAGCACCAGCCUGAAAAACAUCAUUUCAAUGCCUUCUUUAAAAAUUUUGAAAUUAGUUUUUAUCGCCGUUGCAUCUGUAACCACAGUGAUGUACUGACACAUGCUCGAGUAAACUUGUAAGUCACUGCAGCAAGGUGAGAAAAUAAACCACUGGAGGUCAACGAAAACAGGAAUUUCAGCUGGUGUUUAUUUGCUCUGUUUCUCUUUAAGUAGAUUAUAUGUUCUUACAGUGUUUAUCCUGUUCAUUUUGAAACAUGCAGUGAUCGAGAACUUUUUUAUAUUACAGAGCAUCUGACAUUUAAUGAAUCUUUGGAGACACAUGCCCACAAUUCUCAGUGUACUCAACAUGGGCAAAUAAUUUACAUCCAGCGAUCACUCUUCUCCACGGGAUCAAACCUGGCAGCGAUGCAGGUUGGUCAUCAGGUGACCAUCAGCACCUCUCUCCAGAUCCCUCCCCAGCCUGAGACUGCUGUACACAGAAACCGACACCCAAUCCUGCUGGACUCAGUCCACCCCAUCCUGUUCCAGGCCAUCAUCAAUCCCAAGCGGGGUAUGGAGGGAUCCCCCCAGACACCGCAGCCCCCGAGGAGCUGCAGCUCACCUGGACCUGGUGGGAAGUCAUGCUGGAGCUUGGAUUUCAGGGUGGCUGUGCUUCUGAUGACUCUGGCUGGAGCUAUAAUCCUGCUGCUGCUGUACAGGCUCUUACAGCUGAGACACAGGCUGAAGUUGGCUAGGGCGAGGCACGCUCUGGAGUAUUAUAGCUUCUUCCACACCUCCACCUACACACUCAAACACCCUACACCGUGUCAGGAACUUCCAACCAAGAAUGGGACGGUCCCUGAAGCUACACCACCUCUCCAAACCGUAACCGCAGUGACACCCGCCGUCGUCAUCACCCCACUUCCACCGCCAGCGGUGACUUCUCCACCCCCACUGCCGCUCCCCCCACCCCCUGUGCUACCUCCACCGCCGAUUAACACUCCACCUGCUCUCCCUCCAACACCUUCCGUCCUGGCCUUCCCGCUCCCCCUUCCUGUGAUCCACACCACCCCGCCCAGCCCUCACCUGUCAUGGGGCGCCUGCUCAGACGCAGAUGUGUACUCUCGGAUCGGAGCUUUCAGGCCCUCCAGGCUCUCCAGCCUCUCCAAUCAUUCCAAAGUCAUUCUGUUUGAGCACUCAUCUCUCUGAUGUCUGAUGCAGAGACGUCCGUGUUUGAGAAGACUCUAGUGAUUACUAAAUAACGUGUUCUGAUGGACUGAUAAGUGUCUGGGGAUGAGUAGGUAUAUACUGCAUGUAUACUGUGUACAUGCAAGGCAUCAACAAGUUCAAAUAACCUACUUUCAGGGCUCUUCAAAGACUUAUGUGAGGCACCAAAUUGAUUUAUCUGCUAUCCUUUAAAAUGUACCAGACUGGGCGCCAGACCUGUGAUUAUGUUUUGAUCCAGAGUGGGGUUGUCUCUUAAUUCAGACCGGUGGACAGUAGAAGUGUUUCUUCCCUGAGGAACCUUUCUACGGCUUCUUUUGGGCAUAAAGAAAUUUGUGAAACUUGAAGAAAGACUCAUUUCGGUUUGUCGUGUCCCUCACAACCUGUUAAGUUUUCAUCAUUCAGAGCCUCGAAAGGAUCAUGUUCAUAGUUUUGUUGUGAUAAAUCUGAAUAUAUAUAGUGGAAUUUGUCUGUUGGUAUUGAAAUUUUCAGAUGCACUGUAAAUACGAAAAAGUUGGGAAAACAUCAGUCUUUGAUGAAUAUUUGGAUUGUAGACAGUUUAAGUUCAAAUUCGCCUUUGAAUUUUACGUUGACUUAACUGAACUUUGACAAACUCAUAUGAAGUUCACACAGCAAUACUUUUGUUACCUUGACUGCUGCUUUUUUUUUGCUAAGCUAACCAUCUGCUGGCUGUAGUGUUUAUAUAUAUGUGUGUGUGUGUGUGUGUGUGUGUGUGUGUGUGUGUUAUAUUUAUACUGUCAAACUGCUAAAAGCUGCAAGACUGAACUCAUGAAUAGAACUUGAUGUGAGAAUAAAAUGAUUAAAGUUCAUAUUACAAUGAGUUAAAAAAUAAAUUUGAGCUGAUUAAAUAAAGUGGUCAUGGGAUUUCACAGGGCAUUACCAGCAAAGUCUGAUGGUGUGUGGUUUAUCUGCAACAAAAAACACAAGUUAACGGAGCUUGUUGCUGCACUGCUUUCAAAAAUGUAACUGAAAGUCAUUUGUGGAUAUAGAUAACAAGACAAAUUUGGUUUGAUUUUUGUAUAUCAGGAUAAUUUAGAUUUCUAAUAUUUAAUGUCUUCAUUUUUACAGUGUUUUUGUUGUAGCGGGGACCCAUUGUUUCUCCAGAAGGGAGGCAUUUCCUGAGCUGGUUUUCCUUGACAGGGUCCCUCCCUGUGUUUCCUCUGCCUCUCUCUGUAUUAAACUUACUUUGCAUUUUGUUAA